AUGGCGUAUCCUAAUAAUGUUGGCAUCAAGGCCAUGGAGAUCUAUGUCCCCGGCCAGGCCUUAGACCAGUCGCUCUUCGAACAACAUCAGGGCGUUUCAGCUGGAAAGUACACCAUUGGCUUGGGUCUCAAGUACAUGAACUUCUGCAAUGAUCGUGAAGAUGCUACUUCCCUUGCUCUUACGGCAGUGUCCUCUCUUCUGAGGAAGUACAACAUCGACCCCAAGUCCAUCGGUCGUUUAGAGGUCGGCACGGAGUCCCUCAUGGACAAGGCCAAAUCUAUCAAGACUGUGCUUACCCAGCUCUUCGAGCCUGCCGGUAACACGAGCCUGGAAGGUAUUGACACCAUCAACGCGUGCUAUGGAGGCACGAGUGCUCUUUUUAAUGCCGUCAACUGGGUCGAGUCUCGCUCAUGGGACGGCCGCGACGCCAUCGUGGUGGCAUCGGAUAUUGCGCUCUACAAGGAAGCCUCUUCCCGGCCGACCGGUGGCGCCGGCUGUGUCGCCAUGCUCGUGGGCCCCCAUGCGGUGCUCUCACUGGAUCCGGCGCUCAAGGGCACCUUCAUGACCCAUGCCUACGAUUUCUACAAGCCCGAUCUCAAGGCGGAGUUCCCUGUAGUCAACGGACAUGAGUCUCUCCGAUGCUACACCUCCGCGCUGGACGGCUGCUACAACCGCCUUAGGGAGAGAGUUGAGGAGGCCAACGUGAAGGCGAACGGCCACGGCCCCAAGACUGAUACUCGCAGCCUGUUGGAUAUCUUCGACUAUAUGGCCUUCCACACGCCCAACUGCAAGCUUGUGAGCAAGUCUUACGGACGUCUGCUGUACAACGACUACAAGCAGGGUGGUGACGAGGACACCUGGGGGAAGGUCCCCGCCGAGCUGCGCGAGCUCAGCUAUGAGGACUCCCUGAAGAGCAAGGAGCUGGAGAAGCUUUUUGUCACCUUGUCCAAGGAUCGUUUCAAGUCGCGAGUCGAGCCUUGCAUUGCCGCUCCCACACAAUGCGGCAACAUGUACACAGGCAGUCUUUACUGCUCCCUUAUCAGCUUGAUCAGUAACAUCGACCUGAAGGACUCAGUGGGGAAGACGAUUGGCAUGUUCAGUUACGGUAGCGGAAUCGCCAGUACUCUGUUCGCGCUUAAGGUCACAGGUGAUCUUACCGAGCUGGUUCAAAAGAUUGAUAUCAUGGACCGAUUGAGUCAGCGCAAGAUUUCAACUCCCGAGGAAUAUGAAGAGGCUUGCGCCCUCAGAUUGAAGGCUUACGGCGCCAAGAGCUUUGAGCCCACUGGCAGCAUUGAGAACAUGGCCCCAGGCACAUACUAUCUCAAGGAAAUCGAUGAGGCGUACCGUAGAACGUAUGCCGUGAAGGAGUAG